GACCGGCACGCCGCCCUUGCCUCCUUCCCUCGCAGUAGUCUUCCACAACUACUCAUCUCGGCGCCGAGCGACCGAGCGAGAGAGAGCGUGGACUCACGUGACCAUGCGGAUCAUGAGGCGGCUCUUGCUGGCGGCAGCGGCGGCGGUGCUGCUGCUGCUGCUCGUCGCGGGGCCGGCGGCGGCGCAGGACGCGGCGGUGGAGGGCGUGGCGCCGGCGGCGGAGGAGCUCGCCGCGAACGCGAGGGCCAAGGAGGCGGCGGUUCUGGCCGCGGAGCUGGUCCAGCUCCGGGGGAAGAUCUCCGCGUAAGAGUCACACAUUGCAGACCAGACCCUGGAGUUGAAGACCAAGGACGAUGCAAUUGAAACACUGGACAUGAUUGUCAAGGAGAAGUCGCAGCAGAUAACUACUAUGCAGAAUCAAGCAGCUUCCCUCCAGGCGAAGGGAUCUUUAGCUGCAGAGGAGCAAGCAAGCAAGGCCAAUGCACGGGCUAUUGAGCUCGAGAAGCAGAUUGAGAAGCUCAAGAAGGAUAUUACAGCACAAAAAAGCAAAAAGGCAGCUCUGGAGGCUAGGGCCGGCGAUGCAGAUAAGAAGGUGCAAGAGCUGAAUAUGAAGCUGGAGAAACUCCAGAGGACAAGCGAUGAUCAAAAGCGCAGGAUUCAGAAGACUGAACAUGCUCUUAAAGUUGCUGAGGAGGAACUGAUGAAGGUGCAGCUGGAAACAACAACUAAAGCAAAACAGCUGAGAGAGGUUCAUGGAGCCUGGUUGCCACCUUGGUUGGCGACACAUGCAGCUCGCUCUAUGGAGGUGGUAUCAACUCACUGGAACGAACAUGGGAAACCUGCCUUCGACAGCUUAUUGCAGAAGGCAUCAGAAAAAUCAGCACAGGCAAAGAAAUGGGCUGAGCCCCAUGUGGAAACUUCUAAGACGAAAUGGAUGCCUGUUGCUAAAGAAAAAUGGGCUGCCUUGAAGAAAAAUGCGGAGCCUUAUGUCCAAAUGGUCUCAGAGAAAUCAGUGGAGGUUUAUCAAACAUCAAAUGACUUUAUCAGGCCUCAUCUUGUAAAUGCACAUCAAGUUGCUGACCCCUACCUCCAGGAAGCCAAGAAAUUAUCCAAACCCUAUAUCGAUCAAAUUGCUACAGCCACUAAACCACAUUUUGAGAAAAUUAGAACUACUCUGAAGCCUUAUACUAAAAGAGCAUGCCAUGUAUAUGGACAAUUUCUUGAGACGGCUACUACAUAUCAUCAGCAGAUCUACGACCAUAGACAAGAAUCUCAGCCAUUUUCAUUUCCAGGCUCAGGCAACUAUCUCAGAUUACCUUCACCAACAUGAAUUUACAAAACAAUUUGUAACUGAUGAGUUGGUGUGGUAUCUGGCUGCUGCUUUGUUGGUUAUGCCCGUUUUUGUUUUAUACACACUCCUAGUUGACACAUUCUGUACCAAGAAGCAGAAGAAAACCCCACGGAGCAGUAAUGCCAACCAUGGUCAUAGGAGACAUAAGCGCCGGCAUGCUGACAAAUAAAUAGUAGAUAAACACUUCAGGCUUGUCUAUGGUGUGCCACAUUGUAAUGGAAGAAGAUCAUGAAGUUUGGCAUGUUACCUUUCAGGCUUUCACUGAUGAGUUCGUUGUCAGGCAUACACACGCUACAUGGUGAUCUUGGACCAUCACUGAACCUUGCUGUGUAUCCAAGAGUUGCAAUACACACAAGAACUGUAUUUCUGCCCCCCAAUGUAUGGGCAGAGUUGUAGGUGCGUAUGUAUUUCAUAAUCGAGUAGGGAUUGCGUCCUUAAAUCUAUGGGUGUUCAUUUCAUUGUUUAUUUGUAGCCUCGUGCAUGUGUUUGAGCUUGUGUCUACUCGUCCUUUGUUGGUCAGUUGUAUCUGUAGCUUUUAGUGCAGCUAAAACUUCUCCGCCUGGCUGAAGCACAUUUCUGAAUCUGUCAAAGAUUCUAGCCAGUGUUAUCUGGUCCAGCAUAUUUGAUAGAUUUGCGUGAAGUUAUAAGCAA